AUGUGUCAACACAGAAACUCUGCCUACAAGGCUGCCGCAACGCGCAAAGAACAGCAUAGAAGUCCUAGCAGUUCAGCUUUUUCUGAAUAUAACAAAGACUCUAAGCGGUCUGUUUGCGCAAAGCUCGCACAAUGGUUUGUCUGGCCUAUUACUUCUGUACUGGUAUAUAGCUCACACAAAACACAGAACGCCCUCUUCAACUCUGCCCUGCGGCAAUCCACAUCGAUUCGCAAAGAUUUAGACCAGUUUGCUGAUAGCGCAUCGCCCUCGCCUCAGCUACAAGCCCAACUCAAUGCCUCCUUAGCAACCUUCACACGCACCGUCGACGACUAUGGCAAGCUUGCAAAGCAGGAACCAGUGCAGACAAAACAGGAAAAGGCCUUCGAGAGACUGAAAAACUUCCGGGCCGAGCUUGAGGAAUACAGGGAAAGCUUCAAGCGGAUAAAGAGCGCAAACGAAGACGUUCGAACAACAGAGGCGCGAACGGAGCUACUUGGCCGGCGCCCGCACCAUACCGCUACACCAGAAAAUCCCUACGCGCAAUCGAACAUCAACGCCAGCGCACACUCUGCCUUUGCGCCAUCACAGCCCUUUAACCCCAACGCACCCUACCGACCAAACCCAUAUUCAGCUGGUGCGUCACAAGGAGGCGACUACGAUAGGGAAGGUCAUGUGCUGCGCGAGAACACGUUCUUCAAUCAAACAUCGAAUCAGUUGGACGAGUUUCUUGACCGAGGACGAUCAGUGCUGGGCGAUCUGGGACAGCAGAGAGAGAUGCUCAAGGGCACACAGAAGAGGCUCUAUAGUGUGGCAAAUACACUAGGCAUCAGCGGUGACACAAUCCGCAUGGUCGAGCGAAGAGCGAAGCAGGAUAAGUGGAUAUUCUACGGUGGCGUAGUUGUCUUCUUCCUAUUCUGCUGGCUGGUGAUACACUACCUGCGAUGA